AACAGUAUUUCUUCUUAUCCCAUACCUCUACUGGUUGUAGUGGACAGUGGUGCCCCAACCCCAUCCUUAUGGAAGAAGACCAAGAUCAGGGUGCAGUAGGUGGAAAGGAUGACCAAGAUCAAGAUGCCACAGGUGGAAGGGAAGAGCAAGAUCAGGAUGCCACGGGUGGAAGGGAAGACCAAGAUCAAGAGGCCACAGGUGGAGGGGAAGAGCAAGAUCAGGAUGCCACGGGUGGAAGGGAAGACCAAGAUCAGGAUACCAUGGGUAGAGAGGAAGAAGACCAAGAUCAGGGUGCUGUAGGUGGACAGGAAGAGAAAGCGAAUAAGCCAUUUCUUUCUCUUUCCCAAAUUACUGCUUUGUUAGAAGAAAAUGUAGAAGGAGUUGAAAAAAUGUUGGAAGAAUUUCUGAAUUUUACACGAUUGAAGACAUCUUGGAGAAAAGCUGUUUUAAUCGAUUAUUACAGUGCAGGAUUUCUGUGGGCUAAAGAAAUGAACUUCAGUCUUAUACAGCUCUCAGGAUUCAUGGAACUAUUAAAUUUUGUCUUGGGGAACAUCAGUGACAAACAUAUGACCUUAGGAGAUAAUUUAAAAGAACUGGAAAGAGCAAUGGCUGAAAUAGGAGAAACUGAUUCAGAACAAGGUGGUGACUUGAAUUUCUUCAGCAUUGAGCAAGGCAAAGCAAUCAUUGAUUACUUCAUUAACAGCUUAUUUAAAUACUAUAGAGUGUUUGAACUCCUCUUCCAAGGUCCUAGAGGACUUGAGUUAAGUGAUGAGCACCAGCAGGAUGUGAUUGAACUUGACCAACCUGCAGUUCCCUCCUCAGCUGCAGCAACAGAAUCUCAGGGGUCUGAUCAGGAGGAUUACCUGGAAGAGUCCUCCGAGGCAGAUGCUGUGGCUGGUGUCACUGCUGAAGAUCAGAAGUCUGCAGAGUGUGAAAUCCCAAAUGAAAUUAUUGGCAACCUUGAGGAAAUGUUGCUACAAGGAGAAUACAUAGAGAGGAAACAUCAUUUUGAGGCACUGCAGAUAUAAUAAGGAGG